AAAUCAUAUUUUCAUGGCCGAAAAGCGUGGCAAAAAUAGAUUUUAAUUUUUUUAGUUUUCUCUGCUGAAUAAACUUAUUUCUGCAGGAGAACCGGCCAUUUUUCCACAGAAUUGAAGUAUUAUCUUUCCUUUACAUGGAGACAAAAACAAGCCAGCGAAAACACGGCGAACCGGAGUUAAAUUCACUCGUGAGUGACACGAAUUAUUCGACUUAUACAGUGAAAGAUUUAAGAACAGAGUUGAAAAGGCGAAAUCUCUCCAUUAAAGGAUUAAAAGCUGAAUUGGUAAGCGAUAUUUGGGUGUGUAGCAUUGUCUAAUAAAGUUUUCGUAACGAUCUUGUUCUUAAAUAUACUUAGUUAAAUAUUUAUGUGUUUGGUAGUUAUUGCACAACCUUAUACAAACCAGUAAACAACUGGUUGAGGUGUAAAUAUAAACAACUGAUGGAUCAUGUUCAUGUUGAUACAUGUUGCAUUAAUUUAACAUAUUGCGUUAGAACACAUGAAGCGUGCCAUAUUUAUUAACAGUUUUGACGAUCUUUGGUUGCGGUAACAUUUUACGUUGGAAAUUAUUGUUAAAAAAUCGACAUGAAUGAUGUCACCUUUACUUGGUCGACUGAUAUUAGGCGUAAAAAAAAAAACAAACCUGUGGUUCCGGUUUCAUAUCGCAAAAAAAUUAGGGUCGGUAGGUCGGAAAUAAUUUUUUUUUUGAAGAUUUUUUUUUAUGGUUUUUUCAAUAAUUAGUGUGACAACAGAUGCCAUUUUGGCAGCAGCCUGCAACCACCCAGAGAAAAUAGGGUCGCACGGUCGAUGGCGUUGAAAAAAUAAUAGGGUUGGCAGAAAAAAAUAGGGUCGGUCAGGAACCGGAACCUGCACCUUAUGAUGUUAUUAUAACAUUGGUAUCGGUAUCGGGUAGAUUGUGGCAUGAAUAAUUGCAAUUUCCAAUUGUUGCACAAUCGGUCAAUCACUACCAUUGACAAGUUAAAUUGUCUAGUGUUAGACACAACUACCACCACUUUGGUGGUGCAGUCGUCGGAGCAAGAGCCUACUUCCUCUGAAUUUGUGGGUUUGAUUCUGACUACGGACUCAUGUGACAAGACUUCCAAAGAGUCAGUCAACAUUCUGCCAAAAGUCGCGGGUUUUCUCCGGGUGCUUCGGUUCCUCUCACAGGGAAAGUUGGCAGGGUGGGCGUUGUAAAGAUAAAAUAGUCUAUAGGCUAACCAUGUAAUUAGGUAAGCGUAAUACUUGAUGUAAAGCGAUGAACAAUGAAGAUAUUUCAUAAAUAUCAGAAUUCUACAUACCAUUAUAAAUUAUUUUGUAUCUCAAAGGUUGAAAGGCUACAACAUUCGGACCAAAGUGGUGAUGUGAAUAUCAAUGCAUCAAUACUAAAUGGUGGCAAAACCUUGAUUGAUGACCACAAUCAUCAUCAUUGUCGUUUGAGCGAAAAGGAGCGAAAAAUGGAAAGAGAUAAUCGUCAAAACAUCGUAUUAUGGAGAAGACCAUUGACCACGCUACAAUACUUCAUGUUAGAGUUGAUUAUUACAAUACAGGAAUAUUGGAGAAGGUUUGUAUAUCAACCUUUUAAUUAAGUGAGUAAACCAGGCUAUUUCAGUGCUUUUUCACAUGUGAAGAUUGGAACCUAAGUAAUUUGUGGCAGGGUGAAUAAAUUGCUAGGCUGCAUCAUAGACUCUAGCACAAGUGAACAUUGGCGAAACUUGAGGGGGUAUUGGGGGUGUGACACCCCCCCCCCAAAAAAAAAAUACGAAUUAUCUGGAUUGGCAGGGCAAUCGAAGAUUUUAAAUGAUAGAAUGUAGAGUUAUUAAGUAACUUACAGGGCUUUCAGAGGGAAUUGAAUAGAAUUUAUAGACCUAAAUUUUACAGAUAUUGGUCCAAAAGUAAGGGGUUCACCCAUGUUUUUAACAGGAAUUUGUAUGGAAAAUUUUUUUUACCCUUUUGUUUAAAUAUUCGGAAAAAUCCCCCCUGGCCAAUAAUUUGGGAAAAAUUGCAGGGUGUCAUCGGUUUUGGCAGGGCAAUUCUGGCAAACACCCCCCAAAUUAAAAGGGGCUAGGUUUGCCCCUGCAAGAGAAUCAAGAGCUCUAGUUGGGAAAUGGCAUUUGGAAAGGUUGAACUCAAGGAGGUUGAGCUGUAUCCUUUGUAAUUCAGAGUAGCUCUCACCUGCAAACAAGGAUGAUUACCAGACCCUCACUUACUCGCUAAGGUAUUCCUCCUUUUUUCUCUUUCAGAGUUUUAAAACAUCGCAAAUCUUGUACUCUAUUUGUUACUACAGUAACAGUUCUCUCAUUGUUGUAUUUCAUUCCUGGACAACAUCAGAAGGUAACUUCCAUGCUCUCUAGUGAGUUUACCCCCAUCACAUCUUGACACAGGGUAGAAGUGUGAAGGGGGUGGGAUGCAGUCAGUGGCAUAACAGAGGAAGAGGGGACCUUAGGCAUAUUUGGUGUGGGGUGGGGCCUGUUGACUGUUGUCAUUUUUUGACCGAGAUAUUAUAUUAAAUUUAUAUUGAAUAUUUAUAGAAUGUUCUGGAAAAUUCUGUGUUUAUAACAAUAACAGUCUCCAGCACAUGUAACAACUAAUAAGAAUAACUUUUGUUUUAUUUGUAAAUGGAAUGAAAAAAUUGGCUACUGUUGUCGAUGGAGGCUUUAUUAUUUAACAUUAUUAAUUUUCCAUUGAUUCUUGUCCCGCAUUUUUUUACGUUUUCUAAUUUUCUGGUUGAUAGGCCGUGGCAGAUGUGGCCCCUAACUAACUAACUGUCAGGGGUAUAAAUGACAUAAGAAACAUUAAGGGGUAUAUAUGUCAUGUUUAUAUAUAGGCUGGGGUAUUUGUGUCAUGUUUCUUGCGGUCACAAAAUUUUCAAUGUUUCGGGUGCCCCUAACUGUCGCGGACUCUUAGUUUUUGAACUAACCCUUCCCAAUGAGCGUUACGGGUGACACCCAUCCAGGCUUUGUAAACAUCAUAUUUUAGGGCAAAUCAAUAUGAUUUUGUUGGGCAAAUUGUAGUCAAUGAAUGAUGUGUUUUUUCCAGCAUGUUCAAGAAGUGGAGGACUUCAUAAUGUGGUGUUGUUAUUGGAUAGGGUUGGGUAUAUUGUCUUCAGUUGGUCUAGGAACUGGUCUGCAUACGUUUCUAUUAUAUUUGGUAGGUCGAGUACUUUUGUGAUAACAUGCACCUAAUGUUGUAUAUACUUCUAGAGAUUUAGAAAAGUCUCAUCCCUCAUAAUAAGCCAUCCUUCUGACAGAUGAUGUGUAAUGAAAAACAAAACAACUCAAGGGUUGGGUAAUAAAAAUUUAUUGUCAUUUCCAAAGCAUGACUCAGACUCAAAAUGACUAAAAAGCAAAGAAAGUACAUGUGCAUACUACAUGAAUUAGACUGCAGAAAAUUGCACAAGCAGUUUUCAAACUCAUGUCACAGAAGUGGUAAAGGACAUAUGUGACAACUGAAUGGUAUCCUUUUGUAAACUUUUUGGCCGGGGGUGGGUACUUAUUUUUUAUUGAUAUUUGAGUUGGGUAAAAAAGCUUUUUGACAUUUUAAUGGUUGCAUCUCAGCAAAAUUUUUACCAAGAAAAACAUUUCUCUUCAGUGGCACCCCCACCGUAAAUACUGACCAGUCCAUUAGGUGAGAUAAAAACAUUCACAUGAAAUAACUCAUCGCAUUCAAGUGGGCUUCUCUGCAAACUGGGCUAUUAAAUAUGAACAGGCCUUUAGUUUUUACACAAUAUGAUGCAUGAUAUGCUUAGAUUCAUGUACGCUUACGUACCUAUCUUUUCUUCAGGGUCCCCACAUAGCACAGGUGACUUUAGCAGCGUGGGAGUGUCAAUCGCUGGAUUUUCCAGAACCACCUUAUCCUAACGAGUAAGAUUGAACUUUGUUCUAAAAUUACAUAGUUGGGUAAUAGCAUGGUUUAUAGUUCUAUUUGGAUAUACAUAAUAUGUACGAGUGAGUUUUUCAAAGACCUCAAAAUAGCACGAGCCCAAAGGACGAGUGCUAUUUGAGGUCCUUGAAAAAUUCACGAGUGCAUGUUUAUCCAAAUUUCACGAGAUUGAUUGGACUAUAAGAAAAAUCUCAAAUUAUAUAAUAACGUUAAGAAUUCAAGCACUUUCAUUAGCAAAAAGGAAGCCAAUCAAAUAUUCUGAGCAACUGGAUUGCUUCAGUUGCUCAAACUAUUUGAUUGGCUUCCUUUUUGCUAAUGAAAAUGCUUGAAUUCUUAACGUUAUUAAUAUAUAAUUUGAGAUUUUUAGUCGUACCUGACUGGUACUCGAAUGAUCAUUACCUCGUACUUGAACAGUAACCUGAAACUACAAGUUAGAACGAGAAGGACGACAAUUGCAAUAUAACAUACACGAACACUAGAAUUGGCUCCGGCAUUAGUAAAGGCUAAUUUCCACUCAGGAAAAUUAUCCGUGGAUUGGAACGGACAAGAAAAUUUUUCUUUGUUUUGUGAGCUCUGGGUUGGAACUAAUGACUUUAACACAAAGAAAAAUUUUCUUGUCCGUUCCAAUCCACGGAUAAUUUUCCUGAGUGGAAAUUAGCCUUUAGUCCCAUCAGUCCAGUCACGGUCUCGUAUCAAGACAUGUCAGACGUACCUACUAUACGGCUACGUAUACGGUUUUCAAUACUUUGAGCUUGGUAAGGUCUUACCAGCAAAAUCCACUACGCAGAUAGCGAGAGUACCGCGUACCUACGUGGUACUUGGUUGAAAACAAAAAAGUACCAGCCUGCAAUAUUGGCGUACAUCCGGGGGGUAAGUAUACGCGAUUUAUCACACUCUGGAUUCCCACCGCUGUCAAGCAAACUUUUCAGUUUGCCCGGUAUGGACACACUCAGAUACAAGAUCACAAUCAUAUAUCUUCACUUGAGUGCAUAACACCACAAACACAAAAACAUUUUUAGACUAUUGAUUUUGAAUAAGUUGUCGCAUUUCAAAAGGCAAAAUCCGUGCCAUUUUCAAAGAUUUUUCCAGUUGUAGGUCCUUGAAUUUACUGAAUAAAGUCCUCGAAAGUCCCGGAAAUGUCCUUAAUUUCAUCUUCACUGACGAGUGAAUACUUCUGUUUAUCAGAAAUGUACAUCGUGUACUGUAAUUUAUCUUUUAUUCAACCAGUUUAAUGAAAACUGCAUAUUUAUAGGAUUUUUUGUCCAGAGGAUGGGCAUACUUCACAUGUCAGCUUAUUGGCUAUAAUGAGUAAAGUACGGCUUGAAGCUUUUAUGUGGGUGAGUGGCAUGCUGUGGCCAGAUGAACUUGUUAAUCCUGUAAUGCCCCUUUUAGUCAACUCAGACCUUAAAUAUCGGUCGGUCACCGACAUUGUCCGACCCAUUCGUGAAACUCUCUGACCCAUUCGCGAAACUCUCCGACCCAUUCGCGAAAUUCUCCGACCCAUUCGUGAAAUUCUCCGACGUAGAGAGGAAACCACUGGACAUUCUGUCCGACCUACACGGGUAAAAAUUGAUCAGGUAGUUCGGCGUUGUUCAAACAGGAGUGAACAAUGUUGUGCUGCACCCCGUGAACAAUAUUGUUAACAAGUUGUUCAACCAUCAGUACUGUUGCAAGUUGUUAACAUGAUUGUCAACAAGUUGCAACAAUGUUGAUGGUUCAACAACUUGUUAACAAUAUUGUUCACGGGGUGCAGCACAACAUUGUUCGCUCCUGUUUUGAACAACUUGCAUCAACAUGAUGAUUUUUACGCGUGUAAGUGAAACUGAGGUUUAUUGUUUGUCCUACCCAAGUGUAUUGGUGUCCGACCUAACUGUAACUUUGUUCAACGUAAAGCAAGAUGUACCCCAGUAAAUGUGUGAUCAAAUGCGGGAUUUUCACCGUGGGGUUUGGAAAUUCAUUCCCCAGAUUCAAAUUGUGCUUUUCCAAAUUGUGCUGAUAUUAAUUUGUGUCGUUCAUAAUCGAACUCGAAGCCACUGAACUCAAUGUCAUCGGACAUCCCAAUACAUAUGUCCAACCCGAACUCAAAGUCAUCAAACAUUUUGUCAGACGGUUCUCUGAACGAUAUUUUAAGGCCUAGUCAACUUAUGUAUGCAACGUGUUUUCAAAUUUAGUUAUAUGUUUUUAGGGAGCUGGAACUGCAAUUGGAGAACUGCCACCUUAUUUCAUGGCAAGAGCAG